CAGCAUGUCUUCGACGGAGGGCCCGAGUCGCGCAGCGGACAAGUCACCGCGCCAGCAGGUGGACCGUCUGCUGGUGGGCAUGCGCUGGAGGCGGCUGGAGGAGCCUCUGGGCUUCAUCAAAGUUCUCCAGUGGCUCUUUGCUAUUUUCGCCUUCGGGUCCUGCGGCUCCUACAGCGGGGAGACAGGAGCAACAGUUCGCUGCAACAACGAAGCCAAGGAUGUGAGCUCCAUCAUUGUUUUGUUCGGCUAUCCCUUCAGGUUGAACCGGGUCCAGUAUGAGAUGCCCCUCUGCGACGAUGACUCCACCUCCAAGACUAUGCACCUGAUGGGGGAUUUCUCUGCUCCCGCUGAGUUCUUUGUGACCCUGGGCAUCUUUUCCUUCUUCUACACCAUGGCUGCACUAGUUGUCUACCUGCGCUUCCACAACCUCUACGCAGAGAACAAGCGUUUCCCCCUGGUGGACUUCUGCGUGACUGUCUCCUUCACCUUCUUCUGGCUGGUAGCUGCAGCGGCCUGGGGCAAGGGCUUGACAGACAUCAAGGGGGCCACACGGCCAUCCAGCCUGACCGCAGCCAUGUCUGUGUGCCAUGGAGAGGAAGCAGUGUGCAGCGCUGGGGCCACACCCUCCAUGGGACUGGCCAACAUCUCUGUGCUCUUCGGCUUUAUCAACUUCUUCCUGUGGGCCGGGAACUGUUGGUUUGUGUUCAAGGAGACCCCGUGGCAUGGGCAGGGCCAGGACCAGGACCAGGGCCAGGGCCCCAGCCAGGAGAGCGCAGCUGAGCAGGGAGCGGUGGAGAAGCAGUAAGCAGCUCCCACCUGGCUACUCCUGAACAGGACAGCACCUCUUCAACCACCUCCAGCUUCCAGGACCUCCCUCUUCCUCCUUCUCCAACUCCCCUCCUCCAUCAUUCUGGGCUUUGAGCUUUGAGACGUCGUCGAUGGAUGGGCAGGCAUCAGCUGUCAGAAACCCCAGCGGCCCUACCAGUGGCUUCCUAUCUCUCCUCUUGCUGGAGCUUCGGAUGGCAGGAGCUCAGUGCUUCUUGUCUACGGCCUGGACCCCAACAUUUUGCUUGGGGUCUUCCUCGUACACUUACAGCCUCCCAUUGCAGGAGAGGGUUGGGGGCAGGAGACUGGUUCCUAGCAGCCACUUCUAUCAACCUGUCAGCUUCAAUAAAAGUGGGGGGAGGGGAAAUUGGCUGGCAGCCUUCUUCCUGGUCCCUUGCAUGAAGGGCCCACCAGUGGUUUAGUGACCCCUCUUCAAUGGUUGUUAUCUAAGCCUUGUGUCUGCC